GAGCACCAUAUGGCCACCAAGCCCUCAGGAAUAAGACGUGUCUUCAUAGUUUUCAUCUACAAACUGGCGUCUGUUGACUUGGAUUAUUGUCAUUCUUUCUAGUACACGUUAAAGUUUGAAAAGUUGAUGGUUGGUCCAAGAGGGAAACUACAGAGCAAAGCCUUGCCCUUGCGUGUACUCGUUUUUCCACAACCAUGAAAUUGCAUUACAGGCUCUCCUUUCAGAUUUAAAGGUUCUUUUCAUUUUUCCAUUGCUAGAAGGAUGAGCUAAAAUUGGUGAGAGACAAAAGGGACCAAAGUUGAUAAUUUGAGAUUCUUUCUUGGUCAAAUCUUCAUAUGGGUUCUUGAGUUCUGAGGUUCUAUUUGCUAUUUAUCCUUAUUUGAUCAGUUUUUCUGUACGCUCCAUAAGUGAAGAAAAACAUGUAAAUCAUCUUGUAAGGGAGCACAGUGAAGGUUUUGUGAUUCAAGCAAAAGUUUCAAUUGAUGUCCAUUUGAGAGUUUCGUUUUGUCAUUGUUUCUUGUAUUAUAUUGAUGUUUUUGUACUAAAUAUUUAUUCCUGCUGUCAUUUGAGAUGGUAACUGAGAAAAGUCUUACCUUCUAGUUCCUUUUUUUUUAAUUUUUUCCAUUGUUUUGAGCAGUAUAGUUUCUCCUUUAAGAGUUCUGAUCUCUAAUUUUCAUUUCCCAGAAGUAAAUCUAGGUGUGGGUUCAGCAAAACUUGAUUUAGGAGUGGGUAAGGCUCUGCCUUGAGUUUGUUUUGGCGAUAGUUUGAGGUUUGCAUAAAUACAAUCCUACUGUUUGCUUUUUCUCUUUAAUAUGGCUGAUUAUCAGUCCAUGAUGCCCCACCAUGAAGGAGAACAACAUUUGCUAGCUGCUGCUUACCACGUUGUGAAGGCAUUACGGGCAGCCAAGAAUUUAAGUGAUGACAUGAGAAAAGUCCUUGCCGAUCUUGAUGGACACUUGUCCAAAAUGACUGAAAACACUGAAAGCAGAGGAGGAGAAUUUGCUGAAGUAGAGGAACAGCUCAAAUGUGCUGAGAAUAGGAUCUUGCGCUGGGGGUCAAACCAAACAAUGAUACGGGAUACUGGCACUGAGGAAGUUUCUGACUAUAUAGGGACUAUUGAGGAAAUUCAAACAUUGUUAGAAAGUUUAAGAAGAUUGUCUGUGGAAGGAAACGGGAAGCAUCAAGAAGUACUUGCCCGGGCUAAUAGAGCACUGCAGAUGACAAUGUUGAGGCUUAAGGAAGAACUAAUCCACAUUCUUGUUCAGCAUAAACAAUACUUUGAGCCAGAAUAUGUGUCUUUUCGUUCUUGCAAAGAUGUUAUUUAUGAUGAGUCAUUUGUUUCAAUUGAGGAUGAAUCAAGUGAUGAAUAUUCCCGGAGAGUAAACUGUGGCAGGGUUUCUGGAGAUUAUAUUGUGGACUUGAUAAAACCUCAUGUACUUCCCGAUAUCAAGACCAUUGCAAAUAUAAUGUUUGCGGCCAACUAUGAUCAGAAGUUCUGCGAGGCUUAUGUUGGUGUCAGGAAAGAUGCAUUGACUGAAUACUUUGUCAUUCUCAAAUUAAAGAAGUUUAGCAUUGAAGAUGUGCUGAAAAUGAAUUGGCCUACCUUGAGCAGUGAGAUCAAGAAAUGGAACUGGGCAAUGAAGAUCAUUAUUCGGGUCUAUCUGGCUAGUGAGAAAUAUUUAUGCAAUAAGAUCUUGGGAGAGUAUGGAACUAUUAGCUCAUUUUGCUUUGUAGAGAUUGCAAAGGCAUCCUUAAUUUGCCUAUUGAAUUUUGGGGAGGCUGUAGCAAUGAGUUCUGUUUCGCCAGAAAAAUUGUUUCGCUUGCUUGACAUGUAUGAGGUUCUGGAGGAUCUUCUCUUGGAUAUAGAUGGUUUAUUAUAUGAAGAGGCUGGUUCUUAUAUUAGGAUUGAGUUCCAUGGGCUUCUAAGGAAACUGGGAUAUGUUGCGAGGGCUGCGUUUUCUGAACUUCAGAUAGCCAUAGCUUCCAACAGAUCAUUAAAACCUUUUCCUCAAGGUGGGAUUCAUCCUCUCACAAGGUAUGUUAUGAACUACAUCAAGACCCUCACUUCAUAUGAUAAAUCCCUUAAUGUGCUUCUUGUGGACGAAGAUAGGGAUCAUACAAAUCCAGUUGUUGAGACGGCGAAUGAUCAAGACAAAUCUCCAGUCACUUUUUGUCCUUUGGCUUGUCAUCUUCGGUCAGUUACAUCUGUUCUUCAAUGCAACCUGUUUGACAAAUCCAAAUUAUACACAGAAGAGGGUCUACAGCACAUCUUUCUUAUGAAUAACAUACAUUACAUGGUUAAGAAGGUUAAGGGUUCUGACCUCAGGCUUUUCUUAGGCGAUGAAUGGAUCCGUAUGCAUAAUGGGAAAUUUCAGCAGCAUGCAACAAGCUAUGAGAGGGCCACGUGGAGUUCAGUCCUUUCUUUUAUCAGAGAUUGCCCACAUUCAAAUACCUUCUUUAAGGAAACUCCUAAAGAAAGGUGCAGGAGGUUCAAUCUUGCCUUUGAGGAGGUAUACAAAAGCCAAACUCAGUGGCUUAUCCCAGAUUCUCAGCUUAAGGAAGAUCUACAAAUCUCCAGCUCGCUGAAAGUGAUCCUUGCAUAUAGAACUUUUCUGGCGAGAAACUGUAUCUGUGACAAGUACAUCAAGUACUCAGUAGAUGAUGUGGAGUCAUUGCUCAUGGAUCUUUUUGAAGGAUCACCAAAACCAUUGAACAGUUGGCAAAAGAGAUAACACUUCAACAAAUUCCUUUUUCACUCAUUAUCUUCUGUUUCUUAUUGCAGUUGUGCUUUUCACAUCGAUUGCCAUAGAUGUAAAUGAUAUUGUAAUUAUCACAUUUGAACUAAGAAUGCUCAAGUAGAACUUGGUUUAGUUCUGUUUCAUUAGCAA